UUGUGCGCAUGCGUCACUUUCGACCAUAGUCUGGCCAAGCGUACCAGUUACUUUACGGGCGAAUGAAAUAUGCGAUUGUCUGAAAAAUAUAAGUUUACCAAGGAAGCAUGGAUAUAAAAUAUAUUAUAAAAUCAUUUUUGGAGAGUAAAAAAAAUUCUAACGUAAUUUUGGAGCUAGAGGCAUCUCUGUUGUCUGAUGAUGAACCUUGCAUCCUUUCAAGUAUCGGUGCUGUUCAAAGUCUUUUUGAACAGAUUUUUAACCAGAAGAUGUUAAAAGUUGAUGGUUUAGAUAAUGUUCAAGAAAAGUACAGAAUAUGGCUUCUAGAUAGAUAUAAUGAUUUUACAACUCAUUUAUUGAAUUAUCUGUCACAUAAUAACGAAGAAAUUCAGAAAGCUGCUCUUAAUGCUGUCGUAAAAUUUGUUCAGUUAGAGACCAAAGAGCCUUUGAAAAUUGUCUCAAGUGGCAGUUGGUAUUUUCCGAAAGCAUUAUUUGAGAGAAUUGUUAACGAAAUGACCUCACAGGAUAUUGAUCAAAGAUAUCUUAUUACUGAAUUUAAACGGUUUACCUCUUUUGAUGAUGUCAAAAUGUAUCUGUUGAAGUCCAUUUUACAUACAUUUGAAAAAGCUGAUAAGGUUACUGAUGUUUUCCUCAACAAUUGUUUUCAAUUGUUAUGUAUGCUGAAAAUGCCUACUUUUUCAGAACAAAAAGAAAUUCCAAAUACUCUUGGCUUUCAAGAAGGUGUUGAAACUUCAUUUCAUUUAAAAAAGAAAUUGUAUAUAAAAUUAUUUUCUACAGUUUGGGUGCAAUUCUUGCAUUUUCAGCUUCCUCCUUUGUUGAUAAACAAAGUGCUGGUAAUUUUGCAUAAAAAAGUUAUUCCUUACUUGCAAAAUCCCUGCUUAAUGACCGAUUUUUUGACAGAUUCAUAUAAUAAAGGUGGCAUCACUAGUCUAUUAGCUUUACAUGGCUUGUUCAUUUUAAUGGAGAAAUAUAAUGUGGAAUAUCCUGAUUUCUUUUUCAAACUUUAUGCAUUGUUUGAUGAAAGUAUCAUAAAUGGAAAAUUUAGCACAAAGUUUUUUUACCUCUCGGAUAUAUUUCUUUCAUCUACGCAUUUACCAUCUUAUACUGUAGCUGCAUUUGUUAAGAAAUUAUGUAGAAUUUCAUUAAAUUCAAAAGCAGACUCAAUCCUAAAAAUUAUACCAUUUGUUUGUAAUAUGCUGAUACGUCAUCCCACCUUAGUAGAGCUUAUUCACAGGAAAGAUCCAAAAGAACUUGAGAAAGACCCAUACGACUUUCUUGCUGCAGAUCCUGCUGAAAGUAGAGCUAUUGAAAGUUCAUUAUGGGAAAUAAAGAUCUUGCAAUCUCAUGUGAUUCCAGUUAUUGCCCGCAAAGCGAAGAUAAUAAAUAGUGAUCUUCCUAAAUUAGAAUUUGACCUCUCUAAACUUUUGGCAGUUUCAAUGAACAAUCUGUAUGAAAAUGAAAGAAAGCGGAAGUUUACUGAUGCUCCUUUAGCUAUUUCAAAGGCCUGUAAAGAUGAAGAUUGGUGGAUUUUGUCUAAUAACUGUAUUUUGUAAUAAAGUAAUGCAAAAUUA